AUGAGUUCCUUGUCAAAGUUCUUUAAGUCAAGGAAGAAUGACAAGGCAGAAACACAGACUGCAAUCCAAAAGCUUAGGGAUACACAUGAGAUGCUCACAAAAAUGGCUCUUCAGGCUCUGGCUAGAAAAAGGAACUAUGAGAAGCAGCUUGCUCAGAUUGAUGGAACACUGAACACAAUCGACAGUCACAUUGAAGCACUGGAGAAUGCUGGAACUAAUGUGGAAGUUUUGAAUGCUAUGCGAUAUGGAUCAAAUGCUCUAAAGAACGUUCACAAGAAUAUGACUGCCGAUGAUGUCCAAAAUAUUAUGGAUGACAUUCAAGAACAAAGAGAUAUUAGUCAAGAAAUAUCCAAUGUAAUAUCUACGCCUAUGGGUCUCAACUCCGACUUUGAUGAAGAUGAUCUUCUGCGUGAACUUGAGGAGCUUGAGGCUGAGGGUGUUGAACAAAAAUUGUUAGAUGUCAAUCCGGUAAUACCUGAGAUGCCUGCUGUCCCAGACUCUGACUUAUCAAUACCUACUGCAUCACGUCAAACACCAAGUAAGAAAAAGGUGGAUGAUGAUGAUAUCGGAGCACUUGCAGAAUGGGCUAAUUGA